ACCGGCCCUGAAGCACUGGCGCACGGCGCUGGAGCGAGUGGAAAAGUUCGUGUCGCCACUUUACUUCACCGACUGCAACCUCCGGGGCAGGUGCGGUCGGGGACGGGGCCAGGCUAGGAGACGCAGGUAGCGGGGUGGCAGGGCUCGGGGAAAUGCGCCCGCCCUCCCGUCAGGCUGUUUGGAGAUCGGCGUCCGGUGGCCGGGCUCGCCAGCUUUCUGACGCCCGAGCGGCUCCGCUACCAGGAUGCAGUGCACCAGGACUUUCGCCCUGCGCAGGUGGUGGACCUGCUGGUUCCGGGUGGAGCUGAUCAUCCCGGAGGCAUGGGUAGGCCAAGAAGUUCACCUCUGCUGGGAAAGUGAUGGAGAAGGCCUAGUCUGGCGCGAUGGGCAGCCUGUCCAGGGUCUAACCACAGAGGGUGAGAAGACCAGUUAUGUCCUGACCAACAGGCUGGGAGGAGAAGACCCCCGGAACCUGACCCUCUAUGUGGAAGUGGCCUGUAAUGGGCUCCUGGGAGCCGGGAAGGGAACCAUGAUCGCUCCCCCUGACCCUGAGAAGAUGUUCCAGCUGAGCCGGGCUGAGCUGGCCGUGUUCCACCGGGAUGUCCACCAGCUUCUGGUGGACCUGGAGCUGCUGCUGGAUGUGGCCAAGGGCCUUGGGAAGGACAACCAGCGCAGCUUUCAAGCCCUGUACACGGCCAACCAGAUGGUGAAUGUCUGUGACCCUACCCGGCCUGAGACCUUUCCAGUGGCCCAGGCCCUGGCCUCACAGUUCUUCAGCCAGUGUGGAGGUGACAGCCAGCACACUCUCCAUGCCAUGGGGCACUGCCACAUUGAUACAGCCUGGCUGUGGCCCUUCAAGGAGACCGUGCGGAAAUGUGCCCGAAGCUGGGUAACAGCCCUGAAACUCAUGGAGCAGAAUGCUGAUUUCAUCUUUGUCUGCUCCCAGGCACAGCAGCUCGAAUGGGUAAAGAGCUGCUACCCCAGCCUGUAUGCCCAGCUGCAAGAGUUUGCCUGCCGAGGGCAGUUUGUGCCUGUAGGAGGCACCUGGGUGGAGAUGGAUGGGAACCUGCCCAGUGGAGAGGCCAUGGUGAGGCAGUUCCUGCAGGGCCAGAGCUUCUUCCUGCAGGAGUUUGGGAAGCUGUGCUCUGAGUUCUGGCUGCCAGACACAUUUGGCUACUCAGCGCAACUUCCCCAGAUCAUGCGCGGCUGUGGCAUCACGCGUUUCCUAACCCAGAAGUUGAGCUGGAAUUUGGUGAACUCCUUCCCUCACCACACCUUUUUCUGGGAGGGGCUGGAUGGCUCUCGUGUGCUGGUCCACUUCCCACCUGGUGACUCCUAUGGAAUGCAGGGCAAUGUGGAGGAGAUGCUGAAGACUGUGACCAACAACCGGGACAAGGGGCGGGCCAACCAUAGUGCCUUCCUCUAUGGCUUUGGUGACGGGGGCGGUGGCCCCACUCAAACCAUGCUGGACCGCUUGAGGCGCCUGGGCAACACCGACGGGCUACCCAGGGUGCAGCUGUCUUCUCCGGGCCAGCUCUUCAAGGCACUUGAGAGUGACCAAGGCCAGCUGUGCACAUGGGUCGGGGAGCUCUUCCUGGAGCUACAUAAUGGCACCUACACUACCCAUGCUCAGAUCAAGAAGGGAAACCGAGAAUGUGAGCGGAUCCUGCAUGACGUUGAGCUGCUCAGCAGCCUGGCUCUGACCCGAAGUGCCCACUUCCUAUACCCAGCAGCCCAGCUGCAGCACCUCUGGAGGUCAGCCUGGCAUCUGCCCCUGUUAACCCCAGACCCCUUCACCACUGCCACUGCCAAUACCCUGUCCCCACUCUGGCCUCCUCGCCAUAGGCUCCUGCUCCUGAACCAGUUCCAUGAUGUGGUGACUGGAAGCUGCAUCCAGCUGGUGGCAGAGGAUGCCAUAAAACACUAUGAAGAAAUCCGUUCCCAUGGCAACACACUGCUCAACACUGCAGCUCGUGCCCUAUGUGCCGGGGAGCCCGGGCCUGAAGGUCUCCUGGUGGUCAACACACUACCCUGGAAGCGCACAGAAGUACUGGCACUGCCCAAGCCUGGGGGUUCCCAGAGCCUUGCCCUGGUGACCGUGCCCAGCAUGGGCUAUGCGCCUGCUGCCAGUCCCACCUUGCUGCAGCCCCCGCCGCCCCAGCAGCCAGUAUUCGUGGUGCAGGAGACUGAUGGCUCUGUGACUCUGGACAAUGGCAUCAUCCGAGUGAAGAUGGAUCCAACUGGCCACCUGACGUCUCUAGUCCUUGUGGCCUCUGGCAGGGAAGCCAUUGCUGAGGGUGCUCUGGGGAACCAGUUUGUGCUGUUUGAUGACAUCCCCUUGUACUGGGAUGCUUGGGACAUCAUGGACUACCACCUGGAGACACGGAAGCCUGUGCUGGGCCAGGCAGGGACCCUGGCUGUGGGCACCGAGGGUGGCCUUCGGGGCAGCGCCUGGUUCCUACUGCAGAUCAGCCCCAAUAGUCGGCUCAGCCAGGAAGUUGUGCUGGACAUUGGCUGCCCCUAUGUCCGUUUCCACACUGAGGUGCACUGGCAUGAGGCCCACAAGUUUCUGAAGGUGGAGUUCCCUGCCCGAGUGAGGAGCCCCCAGGCCACCUACGAGAUCCAGUUUGGGCACCUGCAGCGGCCCACCCACUACAACACUUCCUGGGAUUGGGCUCGAUUUGAGGUGUGGACCCACCGCUGGAUGGACCUGUCAGAGCACAGCUUUGGGCUGGCCCUGCUCAACGACUGCAAGUAUGGGGCCUCAGCACGAGGCAACGUUCUCAGCCUGUCACUCCUGCGAGCACCUAAGGCUCCUGAUGCCACCGCUGACAUGGGGUACCACGAGUUCACCUAUGCACUGAUGCCACACGAGGGCUCCUUCCAGGAUGCUGGUGUUAUCCCCGCUGCCUACAGCCUCAACUUCCCUUUGUUAGCACUGCCAGCCCCAGGCCCAGCCCCAGCCACUGCAUGGAGUGCCUUUUCACUGUCCUCACCAGCUGUUGUAUUGGAGACUGUCAAACAGGCUGAGACUGCAACCCAGAACUGCACCACGCUGGUCCUACGGCUGUACGAGGCCCACGGCAGCCAUGUGGACUGCUGGGUGCACACAUCGCUGCCAGUUCAGGAGGCCGUCCUGUGUGACCUCCUGGAACGUAGAGAUCCUGCUGGCCACUUGCCUUUUCGAGACUCACACCUGAAGGUCACCUUUUCCCCCUUCCAAGUGAGGUCCCUAUUGCUUGUGCUCCAGCCUCCAUCAAACUGAAUACCUGGGGGUGUUUUGUUUGUGCAAGGCUUUGGGACUCAGCUAUACCUCCCCAACCUGAAACAAGGACCUGUCAUCUUGGGCACAAUAAAUUCUUGGG